AUGUCCCAACAGUAUCCGCUGAAGGAGGUGAAGGGAGACGUGGUUUGCUUUGUACCUGCCUCUCCUCUCUUCUCAGUCCUGAUGGAGCCAGGUUCUUUUUGCUACCCCAGGCUCACUUUUCUCCGCUCACCCUACGGCCAGUUUGGGGCAAGUUCUGGCUCUUCCCAAGAUUUGGCCCCGUGGCCACAACGUUUGGUGACCCAGAGAUGGACCGGGCCGGUGGACGAGUCUCCGCCAGCAGCCAUGUCAAGAAAUGGAUACUUCUUUGAAGAGAGUGGGUACCUCAAGUGUGACACGGACGAUGGCUGCGAGGCCAAGGAGGAGACGGGGGGUGAGGAGCUCUUUGAUGCAGUGAACUCCUCCAUAGUCUCUGGGGACAGCAUCCGCUUCUUCGUCAACGUCAACCUGGAGGUGCCACCAAAUGCCACCACUGAAAAUGAAAAUGAUGGCUGCGUGUUACUGCACACAUCAAGGAAGUACCUGAAAUUAAAGAACUUUGAAGAGGAAGUCAGAGCUCACCGGGAUCUGGAUGGGUUCUUGGCCAGGGCCAGCAUCAUUGUGGAUGAGAAGGCCACCUCCUUGGAUGAUGUUCUUAGGGAGAUGCUGAAACGUUUUGCUAAAGAUUCUGAGAACGUGGAGCCAAGCUGCAACUUUGAAGAAAUCAUGAGCACUUUAUUCACGGAUUCAGGGACCCCACGAGAAGGGAAUGGCACCCCUGAUGUUUCAGAGUCAACAGGAAUGAAUAAUCAAACUCGUACAUCGCACCUCAAAUUUCACCUCUUAUCAGACACAAUUCAAGGGGUCAUGGCAACACCCACAGGGGUGCAGUAUCAGCAGUCCUGGCUCUGUAUCAUUUGCACUAUAAAAUCCCUUCAGCGACGUCACGUUUGCAUCAGCCGCCUGGAGAAGCCUCAGAACUGGGGGGAAAACUCCUGUGAAGUGAGAUUUGUGAUAUUAGUCCUGGCUCCUCCUAAAAUGAAAAGUACCAAAACGGCCACAGAAGUGGGCAGGACCUUUGCCACAAUGUUUUCAGACAUAACCUUUCGGCAAAAGCUCCUGGAAACCAAAACUGAUGAUGAGUUCAAGGAUGCCUUAGUCCACCAGCGCCAGCUGCUGACGGCAGUGAAUCAGAGACCCUCAGGGAUGAGUGAUGGGCACAAGUCAAAUGGUCCUAAACCACUGAAGCUGCAAGAGUUUCUCAAUGUUGGCAAGGGGAUUGCUGAUGACAUUGCACAAAGACUUCCAAUGUACGCUUUGGACUUCACUGAUGGUGUUAUUGGAAACAACAAAGCUAUAGGAAAAUACAUCACAACUAUGAUCUUUCUGUAUUUUGCCUGCCUCCUUCCAUCCAUUGCCUUUGGGUCACUCAAUGAUGAAAACACCCGAGGAGCUAUUGAUGUGAAGAAGACAAUCUUUGGCCAGUGUAUUGGGGGGAUGCUUUAUGCACUCUUUUCAGGGCAACCUCUGGUUGUCCUCCUCACUACAGCUCCUUUAGCACUCUACAUUAAUGUCAUCCGAGGAAUCUGUGAUGACUACAGAUUGGAUUUCAGUGCUUUCUAUGCCUGGAUUGGACUGUGGAACAGCUUUUUCCUUGUGAUCUACUCCCUCUUUAAUUUCAGUCUUCUGAUGAAGCUCUUUAAAAGGUCAACAGAAGAAAUAAUUGCACUUUUUAUAUCCAUCACAUUUGUGCUUGAUGCCAUCAAAGGUAUAACUAAAGUUUUUAAGAAAUAUUACUACCAUGGGCGCACAGGAGACAUUUACUUGGAAAAAGCACGAGCUAAUGCUAUUCCAAGCCUCGGCAUCAAUACCACCUUCUUGAUGAACUCAUCAGUGAGCAGAUCCAUGUCCCUAGAGAACCAAACAGGCACCCAUGAUGUGCAUUAUGGGCGUGAAACCGCCGUCCUUAGUCUCAUGUUGAUGUUGGGUACCCUUUGGCUUGGUCAUACGCUCUAUCAGUUUAAGAAAAGCCCAUAUUUACACGCCACAGUCCGUGAAAUUCUGUCCGACUGUGCCUUGCCCAUCUCAGUUCUGACUUUCUCUGUUGUGGGUUCCUACAUCUUCAAGGAAAUUGAAAUGUCCAAAUUUAACUACAACCCAUCUGACAGCUUGUUUGUUCUGGCCCCCGUCCAGUCCCUCUCCAUCUGGUCAGUGAUGAGUGCCAUGGGGCUGGGGUUCCUCCUCUCCAUGCUCUUCCUCAUAGAGCAGAACAUCGUGGCAUCACUCACAAAUGCCCCAGAGAACAGGUUGGUGAAAGGCACAGCUUAUCACUGGGACCUCCUGCUCGUGGCUCUGAUCAACAUGGGGCUCUCAGUUUUUGGUCUCCCCUGGAUCCAUGCUGCCUUCCCCCACUCCACCAUGCACGUCCGUGCCCUGGCCUGCGUGGAGGAGAGAGUGGAAAAUGGACACAUCUAUGAAACGAUUGUGAGUGUGAAGGAGACCCGGCUGACAAGCCUGACAGCCAACUUCAUGGUUGGCCUCUCGCUUCUGCUCCUCCCUUUCCCUCUCCAGUGGAUCCCAAAGCCAGUCCUCUAUGGCCUUUUCCUCUACAUUGCCUUGACCUCCAUUGAUGGGAACCAGCUCUUUGAAAGGGUGGCUCUCCUCCUCAAAGAACAGACUGCUUAUCCUCCAACACAUUACAUCCGCAGAGUGCCCCAGAGGAAGAUCCACUACUUCACAGGCUUGCAGGUCCUGCAGCUCCUCAUCCUCUGUGGUUUUGGCAUGUCACCAUUGCUCUACAUGAAGAUGAUCUUCCCACUCAUCAUGAUAGGGAUGAUACCCAUCAGGUACAACCUGCUCCCUAGGAUCAUCGAAUCCAAGUACUUGGAUGCUAUGGAUGCAGAGCAUUAAAUGAGCUCCUCCACCCCCAGAGCAGUGAGGACACCUCCUUUGGAGCUGGAAGGCAGCUUUGGCAAGGCAUAGAACAAUCUCUUUGCAGUUCUUUCUUUCUCCACUCUUCUUUCUGCUCUAAUCUGGCGUUGGUAAUGCACACAUAGCAGAGACCACUCCAAGUGUCAGACCAAAACCAGCCUUGGACUUGGGAGGCCGAUGCUCUUUGGAGCUGUAAGGCAAGCAAGCUUUAUGGAAAUGCCACCUUCCACAUCCCCAAACUGGAAACCCCAAAGAUCAGCAUGUCCCUGUGGCUGGAGUUGCCUUCUCAGAGCUGUUGUGUGUUCCCUUGCUUGAAGGGUGGGGGGAAACUCUUUAUUUUUUUUAGACACCACGUCCCUUUUUUCCAAAACACUACAAGGACAGCAGCUGACCCUUCUUUUACAGAGUGGCACUCCUCUUCUGGCCUUGAAAUUCAAAUUUCCCUCUGCAUCCAGUAUUCCCAAAUUGGUAUUCCCUGUGGGAUGGCCUGAUAUUAAACCACUGAUGGCAGGAGAGCUGUCUGGCCAUCUCUUCACACGAGCAAGGUUGGAAACAGAAUGCACACUGAUCCAACCCACAGCUUUGGAUGGAUAUUGAAUCCCUACAAGUGAGCUGGGAAUGUUCUGUUCAGAGGUUGGGCUGCCUGAUGGUGUUGAUGAAGCUGCAUCUGGGUUUAAGCUGUUGGGGAAAUAUUUGGGAUCUUUCUCCCAUUGCUUCUCAAAUAACAAAAUUGUGGUUUUGCACAACUGCAGCCUUCUUGCUUGCACCCAGAGUCAGAUGUUGAAACUGAGGGCAGUUGUGUGGGUGAUUGCAUAUACAUAUGUACAGUAGUGCCUAUGUGUACAUAUAUACAUAUGGAUUUGUGUAUAUAUUUUGCAUAGAUAUACAGAUAGGCCUGAUUCUUUCAAAAUAUCAAAAGUGUUUUGUGCAGUUGAUGUUACCUGUGAUGUCCUGACCAAAUACUUGUUCUUUGCUUCAGUGCUGCUUUUUCUUAUUUGAGAUAUGGUCACUUUUUUUUUUUUUCCUUUUGAAGCUGCUCAGUUCCUGAUUUUGUUCAUGUGUUGCUUUGUUCAAGGUGUCCCUUUGCUUUGUUCAAGGUGUCCCUUUGCUUUGUUCAAGGUGUCCCUUUGCUUUGUUCAAGGUGUCCCUUUGCUUUGUUCAAGGUGUUCCUUUGCCACCUUCUUCCCAUGGCUCAAGACCUUCAUCAUUCUGUCUUGAUGUGAAUUUUGCCUUUCAUUUUACUGUACAGCAUGCAAUGGAAGUUUUCCUCUUUCACCAAAUCAAUAUUUGUUGGCCAUUUAAUUGGUUCUGUUUUGUAGCUAAGCUCCAGUUUCCCGUGCUCCCAGACAUUAUAUUACAUUUCUGAAUGAAUCUAACUCCUGCUGUCUUUUUAUAUUUCAGUUUAUUUAAUUUCCUUUGUACUAUGGUCAGUUUUUUCUUAUUUGGAGUACUGUGAAACAAGCUGCCCUUUAGUUCAGUGCUUGCCCUUUACUUGCAGAUCACAGGUAAAAAGUGUUCAGAAAAACGUGGACCUCUGAAGAGAAAGAACUUUGAAAGGAAGGAAGAGGAGUAUUCUAAAAUGAAAUGCAAAUGUAGUAUUAGCUCAGAGAAGUGUUUCUUACCAAUUGCUUGCCCUUGAAAGGUGCUGAGUUUUGAUCAGCAUGUGCCCUGCUGAUGGAGUCUUCCUCUGCAGGAGGAGGAAGACCAACCCUGUGAGGAGAGAGGAAGGCAUUGGGUCAAGAGCUCCUGUGCUGACACUAAACCAGACCCAAGGCACUGAAGAUUUGGUGGUUUUGCACUAAAUCUGUAGAUGGUGUUUCAUCCCACCAGAGCUGGCUUUGAAACACGUAUGAAGACCUCAAGUUUUAUUUUCUUACCAAAAAAAACCCUUCAUCUCUGUCUUGAUACUUGAUGGGGGAGAGCAGUAUUCCCAAGGAAGUGGCUGUGGUUUCUGUAUCCCUGUGCAAUCUCAGCUUAGCUAACCAAACACCACCUCUGCAUCUUGAAAGCAUGACCUUCAUGCCCCACCAACCCACUCUUGUGGGGCUGACAAGAAGUCCUCAGGGCCAGGAUGACCACCAUGGUGCAUCAGAGGAGGUAAUGCCAAUUUUUGGGCUGUCAGUCAGGUUUGGAGGCAGCAGAGGUAGCUCAUGCCCUGUCUGAUAAGUGGUGGGACAUCAGAUCUAACCCCCUGCGUGGUGUCUGAUCACCCUUAUCAAUAUUUCCUGGGUUUUUUGAGUCAUUUCUGGGGUGAGCUCACCAACAGCUGCUGCUCAGGUCUGCAUGUGGAGGCAGAGGGCAAACAGCAAACAGGAUUUGGGGGCAGAGCAAAGGCGGAGGUGGUAAAAGUACAUCUGAUCUUCAGUCAACAGAAAAAGAGCAGGUGACAGCAAACAGUUCAGUACCUGUUGGAAGGCAGGGAGUGUGAAGGCCUGAUGAUGCUUAAAUAACCUGUUUUUCCCACGGGUGCCAAAAGAAUUACCCAAAGGUAGAAUGAAAAGCAUCCUCCUGUGGUUAAGCCAUUAAAUGGACGUGUCCCGGGGAUGCACUUUUGGUGGCUCAGUUCUUGGCAGGAAGAAGUCACCCUGUGGAUUAACUGAACUCAUUCUGCAGAUGCUGCAGCUGGAGAAAGGAAAGGAUGUGCUGAAGGGAAUGUGGCUCUAUGAGGAAGGACAGAGGCCCUGGGUGAACUUCAUGGUGGGGUGAGCUGGUCUUGCCAGAGGAAGUAGUUUUGAGAUGUACUUUCCACUCCCCCAGACUUAGAAAACCUAAAAAUGUCCCCAAAUAAACCCUCUCUGAGAAAAAUCCUCUUUGAAAGCAUCAAUUCCAAUAGUGUUGAGCGUGGCUGAGAGAUCAUUUGCUCGGAAGGGUUUGAUUAUCCAUCACAACUCUACUUUAGAUCUUUUUUUUUUUUUUUUUUUUUUUUUGGCUGUUGCUUUCCUGCCAUGACUUCAGUGUUUCCUUUGUAGCAUCAGCAGGAUUCUCUUCCCCAGGGUUUUCUUUUGACAGACAUUGAGGGCCAAAAAAUCAACUGAUGGGAAACCAGCACAACUUGGGGAUGCUGGCUUAGACUGGUUGAAGGUUUGGACCCAUGUCUCAAAAGAAGGGGAUGUGUGAGAUGGGUGAGACUCAACACCUCUUGGCUCAUCAGGGUUUGUGAUGAUCCUGCAGAGGAUUUUUUUUUUUUAUGGUUUUUUGGUUUUUUUGACACAAUACCUUUUCUCUUCUUGUUUGCUUCUGGUUUUCCUGACUUUUAAGUGCAGGUGCUUCCAGGAAGUAGGCUAACUAGGGAAGGAGAGUUUGUUCUGAGUUGAUUGAGCACUUUAAUACUUCUGUGAAGGUGAAGACAAUUCGAAUGUAAAAGAAGUUUUAUUAUAAGCUCUUUGUAUACGCACAAAUGCUUUGUGUAACUGUUGCCAAAGAACUGUGUUGGAAAGGUGGUGGUGGCUGUUAAGGGAGUCCAUGGUGUUCAGCAGGAACCACGAGGUGUAGUAGUAAAAAAGUUCCUGAAAUAAGUGGAUUUUGGGAGUUAUCAUUUGACGGCUGCCAAAGCGAUCGGAAACGGGGAGGGAAUAACCUUCUACUCUCAAACUUGUUGGUUUUGAUCCUCGUGUUGAAUGUAGGAGCAAGAAGUUAGCUUGGCAAUUAAAACUGGAGUUAGACCUGAAAGGUUUCCUUGCUCUGAGACUGAUUUUGUUGCCUUCAACCCCCCUGCUGACACUGCCUACGGAAAUCGCCGUUUCUCCGCGUAAAUGAAGGAAUGUUGGUGAAAACAUGGACUGCUGAAGAGGCAGCACAGCAAUUCCUAGAUUUGUUCAGGAAGCAAAUCUGACAACUUCAUGAGCAACAAUCCCCAGAUUCUCUGCUGCCCAUGUUUGAAGCAGUUCAGGAGUGUCAAGCUCUGCUCGGAUCCGCAUCGGCGCGUGGCUGCGAGAGGAUGGGGCUGGGGGAAAGGAACACGACUGCUUUGCUUCAGAGCUCCUGAAGUGCUUUGAGAUGAGCCCAAGGACUGUGGGAUGGGAAACACCUUUUCUUGUGAGCUGUGUGACCUGGGAUGCUCUGCAGACAAACACAACAAGUGGUCACCUUUCCACAGGCUGCAGGUCAAACCAUUCUCCACAAAAAGUCCCCAUCUCCAGCUGCAGCUGUUUGGAAACGUUUGCAUCUCAUGUCUGGCUGCUUUAAGAACUGCUGCUGAACUGUGGGCAUUCUUUGAAGAACCAGGAACUUGCACAAAGCUGGAGAGAGCUGGAGGAUGCUUGGGGGUGGGAGGGAAGGGAUGGGAUUUUUUUUUCUGUGGAGUUCUCAGCAACAAAAAGAGGGACCUGAGGCAUGCCCUGUCACCCAAAGCACCUCCCAUUGUCCAGUCUGUGUCCCACUAAGCAUGGAUGUACACUAUCUGUUGACACAUGUUCAAUUUUUUUCUCUUGUUCAUAUUGUCCUGUAGUGUUUCUGCCUGCCUGGAAGCUGAAUGGGCACAAUCAGGGUUGGCUGAAGCUCAUCUCUUGUCUCCAUCUCCCUGAAACUUCAGUGUGUCCCAUUUGCUCUCUCACCUCCUGACCCAGCUCUCCUCUUCUCCAGCCCUUAUCUGGAAGUUGGCUCUUGACAUCCCAGCUGGGGAAGUGCUGCCAAAGUGCCCAGUGGGGUUUUUUUUUCCCUUCUAAAGAACUUGAGCCUGUGUCUGAGCAGCAGCGUGGCAGUGGCUGCUCCCCUGGGGCUCUCUUUGCCAUAAUAAGAAGUUAGGAAGGAUUCAUAAUUGUCCUACAGUUGUAUUGUCUUCUGCAUCUCUCAAGAUGAUUAUUUUAUGGCCUAGUGUUCCAGCUGGGCUGUUCUUUCAGCUGUCAAGCUUCUAGAAGUUCUUUAAAAUAGACAUUCAUGGGUCGGGUUUGCUUCAUUUUCUAUCUGUGCUGAGGCCUUGUGGGUGGUAGAGGAGAAUAGUCUUCUCUCUAAUUGUUUUCAUAUCUAAUUAAGGCAUUUAAGUACCAAACCCUGGCCAUUACACUGCAAAGAGCAAACCCUCAGUAUUGUGUCAAGAGCAACCAGAUGAGGGAGUUGCCAGAGUGAAGGCUUCAGAAACCCAAAUUAGCACUUUUCAGCUUUUGUGAUGUUGUAAUUUUAUUUUAUUUUUUUUUUCCCUUCAAACUAAGACAAUCCUUGGCUGUGCCUUUCCCUCGUAGAAAAAUGCCAUGAGCUUGGGUCACUUGGCACUGUUCUGAUGUCUUAUUAAACAUGAAGAUUGUGUCCUGGGGGAGAUGCUGCCUUCUGCUCCCCAUCUGCAGCUCUGCUGCCAGGAGCUGUGUCCCUGGAGAGCACAGAUCAGCUCUGGGAGGAUGGAUGGGAUGGAGAGUCCAUGUGGCAUCUCAGUUGGUCACCUGUGGGACAGAUUCAUCUCUGGGACAGAUUCUUGCUGCUGCAAAAGCAAUUGGUGUCCCUCACUUAUCUGCAGGUGGGUGUCCCAAAGGUGAGCAGAAUGGCAAAGAGUUGGGGAAAAAAAGAAAAAAAAAAAAAGGUUGCAAUCAAAUUCUCUCCCUCUCGACCUGAGCUGUGCUGGCUUUUUGCUCUGGGUAGUUUUUUCUCCUGCCCCCCAUUAAAAAAAAAAUUUAAAAACCUCUUUGUAAAGUAUUUAUGUGAUCAGAAUUUAAGAGAAAAUCAGCAUAGCAAGUCCAACAGCUGGUGGAUCAGUUUGGGUGCCUGGGAGGCUUGCUGAAGGGCUGAGUUCUUGCUGUGUGCCCAUCAGGAGCCAUCAGUGCCUCGGGAAGCUUUUUCCAAGCAUCAAAUCCAGAUGAGUCCCAAGGUAUUGGAUGCUCCCUGCAAGCAUCCAUGCAAACCAUGUCAGGGUAAUGUGGCCACACUGAGCUGGAGCAGGAGAUGCAGCCCUUGGUGCCAUGGGAGGUGGCAUCUCCUUUACAGGAGGUGGUUGGGUUGGUUGCCAGCUGAGUGGCACAGCUGAGCUCAGACAUUGUACCCUGAGCUGCUGCCCUUGUUGUGUCACUCACCUUUCAGUUAUUUCAAUAUUUUAUAGCAUCACUGAUUUCUGAACUCCUCAAAACUUGGGGCUGGUGCCACCAACUUCCUCCUGCAUCCCCAGCAGAGCCCCAACCCGUAUAGAAUGGGCUUUAAAGUGAUUCCUAUCUUUUUUGCAGAGCUUCCUUUGCUUGCCCAGCAGCUGCCUCCCAUCUCCACCACUUCUGAGGUCAGAAAUCUAAGUAGGAGCCUGGGUUUGAUGUGUCCGUGGCCCUCUGGCUGUGUCCAUGCCCCUCUGGCUGUGUCCAUCCCCCUCUGGCUGUGUCCAUCCCCCCCUGGCUGUGUCCAUGCCCCCCUGGCUGUGUCCAUCCCCCCCUGGCUGUGUCCAUCCCCCUCUGGCUGUGUCCAUGCCCCCCUGGCUGUGUCCGUCCCCCCCUGGCUGUGUCCGUCCCCCCCUGGCUGUGUCCAUCCCCCUCUGGUUGUGUCCAUCCCCCUCUGGCUGUGUCCAUCCCCCUCUGGCUGUGUCCAUCCCCCUCUGGCUGUGUCCAUCCCCCUCUGGUUGUGUCCAUCCCCCUCUGGUUGUGUCCAUCCCCCUCUGGUUGUGUCCAUCCCCCUCUGGUUGUGUCCAUCCCCCUCUGGCUGUGUCCAUCCCCCCCUGGCUGUGUCCAUCCCCCUCUGGCUGUGUCCAUCCCCCUCUGGCUGUGUCCAUCCCCCUCUGGUUGUGUCCAUCCCCCUCUGGUUGUGUCCAUCCCCCUCUGGUUGUGUCCAUCCCCCUCUGGCUGUGUCCAUCCCCCUCUGGCUGUGUCCAUCCCUGGCAGGUGCUGGGCUGGGAUCUGAAGCCCCAAGCAGCUAGGAGAGGAUUUAUUCCCCUGGGAGAAGUUGUGAGUCACUUCCAAAGCACAACAGCUGCUGGAAAAUGAGCAGCUCUGUUGUGCUGUUGAGGAUUUGAGCUUCUUAGGUUUGGCAGAGCCGUUCUGAUUUAAUUAGUGAGGUGGCUUCAGUGCUCUGGUAUUUUUGGAAGUGUUGAGCCCCUCUGGUUCUCUCUGUUCUCUUUAUUGAGGGGAAGUUGUUCCUCAGUCCCAUGCAGGUGUCACCCCAGGAAAAAAAGGACCAAAAAAAACCCCCAAAAAAACCAAAAAACAAAACCCAGAACUUUGAUCCAACCUGAGCUCCUGAAUGUUGGCCCAACCCAAGGAAGGGUUUGGAUCUGAAGUGCUCCCUCAUUUCCCUUUCCUUGGAGGGAGGGUGAAUGCAGGAUAAGGUGAUAAAGGAGGGAAAAGCUUCCUGAGGCAGAGCUGGCUCAUCCCAUUCCCAUGCAUCCCAUUCCCAUGCAUCCCAUUUCCAUGCAGGCAGAUGUUUAUGGAGCAAUUUGGGGUGGUCUGCAGCCCACCAGGAGAAGAGGAGGGGUUGGUUUGUUUCCCUACAUGUCUCAUGGCAUGGAACUGGUUAAAGAUUUCUGUCCUUGGUGACCAGGGAACUAUUUUAAGCAAGGGAAAGCACAUGUUCCUGUUUAGGGAGAUCUGGCCUAUAGAUAUUGCACUUGCUAAAUCUGCUCUUGAAGCAUGCUUCUAUCUAGUGUUGAUUUUCCAGUGAAUGAUUUCUUUUGAUAAGAGUUUGCUUGGG